CACUUCUUGCUUACCUUCAUUUUGUUUUGAGGGGAAAGGAGACCGUAUUUGAUUAUAUUGGCAUUCUCAAUCGUCCCUGGUGAUAGAGAACUACUCGAGAGAGAGACAACACAUCUAUAAGGGAAGAAGUCAUGGAGUCUGAUGAGGAUAAUUAUGACUCUCAAAGGUCGCAGCGUUCUGAUUCUGAAGCGUUUGAACCAACAUUGACUGAAUCUGAACAGCUCAAAUCAAAGGAACACUUUGACCGUCAAGUACAGAUAAAGAAUAAGGUGCCGGAUGGCAUAAGAUUAUUCUUGGAGCUUUCAGAUAAGACCGAGGAGGCUAGGGAAAAUUAUAGUGAGCUGGACCAAUGUACCUAUCAAAACAAAUCCCUUGGUUCAAGUGGCCAAGAGCCAAUGACCUGUGUGUGUGAAGAAGAUUGGUAUGAUGGUGUCAAUCACGCGUGUGAUGACGAUGACUGUAUCAAUAGAGGUACAAAAGUGGAAUGUAUCAGUGGAGAAGGCUCUUGUGGUGUAGGCUGUGUCAAUCAAAGAUUACAGCGAAAGCAGUAUGCCCAAGUCACAGUGAUACAAACAGAGAUGAAAGGGUAUGGACUACGUGCAGAUAGCAUGCUAGAACCUGAUACUCUAGUGUAUGAAUACAUUGGUGAAGUGAUUGAUGAAAAGACUUUUAAGACGAGAAUGAUUGAGUACGACCGUUUGAAACUGAGACAUUUCUAUUUUAUGAUGUUACAGAAGGGCGAGUUCAUUGAUGCUACAAGAAAGGGUUCAUUGGGUAGAUUUUGUAAUCACUCUUGUAAUCCAAAUUGUUAUGUGGAGAAAUGGGUUGUCGGUGAUAAGCUCAAAAUGGGUAUUUUUGCAAAGAGAAGAAUCCUACAAGGUGAAGAACUGACUUUUAACUAUAACGUUGAUAGAUACGGUGCAAAUGCCCAACCUUGUCAUUGUGGUGAACGUAACUGUAUUGGCUUUAUCGGUGGUAAGACACAGACAGAUGCUGCUUCACUACUACCACAGUUGAUCUCACAAGCUUUAGGUUCAAGCGUUGAAGAUGAACAAGAGUUCUUGAAAUUGAUGAAGGAGAAAGGUCAAAAGCUUGUGAAGACUACAGAUAUCAAUGUGGACUUCGUGAAGGGCUUAGUCAUGCAGGGAAUUGUUGCUACUGAAGUGCAUCAAGUGAUGGGUGCUCUUUUACAAGUUGAGGAUAAAACGGUCUGUGAUAAGCUGAUUGAACGUUUAGAGCUAUCAUCUGAUGCAAUUCACUCUAAGGCAAAAUACUCCCACGGAUUCCAAGCAUUUGGCAGAAUCUUCAAAUUUACCUAUGACAAGUCGGAUAAAAAUUGGUUCCAAGUGCAAGAAUCAAUGAUACUUCGUUUAUUAAGCAUUAUGAAGAAAUGGGUUGUAUCGAAAGACUAUCUCAACAAAGUUCACAUAACACCCAUCAUUGAGAAGCUCAUCGAAACAACUGAUUCUAAGGAAGUGAAGAAGCGUUGUGAAGAGCUUUUGAAAGAGUGGAGCACAUUCAAAAACCACGUUAAAAUCUCAAAGAGCAAUACAAAGAGGAAGAAGUUCUAUCUGGAUGAUAGAAGACGUGAAAGGGCCCAAGAAACCUCACGCUCCGGAUCCCCAGAGAAAGACCAACAGCAACAGCAAUUCACUAUUCAGAAGACGUGGAGAAAGCGUUAUUGGAAACAAGGUUGGUAUGCGACUAGUGAUCCAAAUGGUGCUGUUUACUACUACAACGCGGAUACCAAAGAAACAGCUUGGAAUGAACCUCUCGAAAAUAACGGUAAGCCGAAGAGAAAUGGGUUUGAUAGAGGUAGAGAAGUUGCUGCAAAGAGACAGAAGGCUCAAGAGGAGCGUUCAAAAUACUUGGAGAAGGUCAAGGAACAAGAUGAAUUGAACCAAAUCAUUGAAGAUGCUAAAAAGCUAGAAGAGGAUAAACAAAAGAAGUUGGAACAUGAGCAAAGACUCUUAGAGGAGAAAGCCCGUAAGAGAGAGGAGUACAGGCUGAAAAAGUCGAAACAAUCUCAGGUAUACGAUGAGACCGAGUUCAAGAAGAGAUGGUCACACUAUUUUGCGAAAGAGGUGCCUAACAUGUUGAAGAAGUACGUCGAUGAGAUUGGUAAAGACAACGUUAGAGAAUGUGGUAGGGACAUCACGCAUAUUCUGGUUGAUAAGGAGUAUAAGAAAGAUGUGUCUAGAAAACCAGCAGAAAAGAUGGAUGUUGAAAAGAGGAAGAAAGUGAAGAUGUUCACGGAGUCGUACAUGGAGAAAUUCCUUGAAAAGUACCGGUCGAAGCAUCACAAGCGUACAUUAGAUGACGAUGAUGGCUCGAGGAAGAAACCACAUACGUAACACGUCUUCAAUAAAACGAUCUGGUACUGUUUUAUGAAUGUAACGUUCUUGUAUUGCAAGCAAUCAUUCCUAGACAUCCACACAUUAUGAAAUCGUUUUUGAGAUUCCAUUGUGCUUUCCCAAAUCGGGAAUUUUUUUUAGUGUGAUGUGAUACCUCCAAAUUUAGUCAUUAACAUACUUAUAAUACUGAAUGAUUUC